AUGGGCUCAAUUUCCUCCAAAGCGGAUACAUACCAAGCGAUGGAAAACAGUGACGAUCCAAUUAAACAAUUUUGCUUUGAAAAAUGCAAAAACAAAUCUGUGAACGCAUACGUCGCCACUUAUCCAGGCGACCAUCGAAUAUACAACUGCCUUUGCAAGGACCUCGAAACGGAAGCACGAAAAUGGGCGAUUGCUUUUGGCGUGAUCGGGGCGUUCUUUUUCAUCGCCAAAUACGUACAGUACUUCAUCUGGCUGUAUAUUCAGCACAGAAAGAAAAAGGGAAAAGUUGAGCCAGAAGAAACUGGGGUUUUUUCAACCCUCAUUGGCGGCACUGCGAAAUCAGAUUGA